GUGGGCAGCGAUGGACGACGCCGAGGCACUGGUCGACAUGCUCGGCGACUGGAUCAAGAUCACGUUUGUGUUUACGGCCCCGGCGGAGGUCUCGCCAUCGACGGUCCUUCUCGCCGGUGACUUUAACGGGUGGGCGAGCACGAGCGAUGGGCGUGGGGCGGUGCACCUUGUCCGUGACGCGGACGAUGGCGAGGCAGGCGCCAGCACUUGUGGCUCGCGAUGGACGACGACGAUGCGACUUGUGGACGGGUACUAUCGAUACAAGUAUGUGGUGGACGGCGAGUACUACGCAGAUCCUGCAGCUGGGGCGAGCGAAGCGUACGGGUUCCACAACUCUGUCCUCCGUGUCGGCCAUGGUGGGGUGACGGCGGCUUCCAUCAGUUCAGGCGCGGCGCUCGCGUAUCCCAUUCCACCUGUGCCGCAUGCUGCGGCGGACGCCUUUGUGGUUGUCCGUCCGCACGAGCUCCCGCACGACGCGCUCUCGGCUGCGUAUGGCUUUGAGCCGCGGCCGCUCUACGUUUACCUCCCGCCGCAGCUCCGAGGUGGGCGCGGCGCUGGCGACGACGACGGGGUCGGCUUGCCGGUCCUCUACGUUCUCGACGGGCAGCACGCGUUUGGCAAGCAGGCCAGCCACGGCAUGUUCCUCCACUCUGCGCUCGAUGCGCUGUGGGCAUCCGGCGAGGUCGAGCCGUUCAUCGCGGUCGCCAUCCCGGCGCUGGCGCUCAAGCGCAAGCAAGAGUACGUCCCGCGGUCGUUUCUGGGGGAUGGCGGGGCGGGGAGCGUGGAGAGCGGGCUCGAGGGCCACGAUGGGCCGACGCCUUUCCUGCACUUUCUCCUCACGGUUGUCAAGCCGUACGCGACGGCGCUGCUGGGGGCGUCGUUUGGCGGGUUGACGGCGUUGAUGGCGGCGCUCCACGCACCGCAGACGUUUGGUGCUGUUGCCGGGCUCUCGCCGUCGUUCUGGUUCCUCGAUUCGUACGGGGUGUCUGCGGCGACGGCGGCGGCUGAGGUGUUCGGGGAGGAGGGAGAUGGGCCUCGGACGCGGAUGUAUUUCGGAGUGGGCGGGAAGGACGACGAGCUAGCGCAGCUGUACGAGACGCGCGGCGUGGUUGACGCACUCAUCGGGGCGGGGCUGGCGAUCGGCGACGAGGUUGUACUCGCCGAGCACGCCGACGGAGCGCACAAUGAGAGCUCGUGGGCGGCGCACCUUCCUGCGGCAAUUCCGUUCCUCUUUCCGGGCGGCAAGCGGCGGUAG